AUGCCGGAGAGGCACCCCGUCACAACACUGCUGCUGUCUUUCGUCUUUACCUCCGCGCUGAGCGUCUCACUCUUUGCUGCGACUGUCUUCUCCAACCCCACCUCGGCCGCGGCUGUCCUUCACGAGAGGAACAACAACCCGCUCAACAUCGACUGGGACCCGGCGCCGGCGCCCGAGGACGGACCUCCUAUCUCUGCGGGAGCUCUGAGAAACCCCAAGUACCUGCCAGCUGAGAUCGGUGGAAUUGUCGCCGCCUACGGUGUAUCUCUGGUACUGGUUGCCAUCACUCUCCUGUCGCUGGCAAAGAAGCGUCGCGAGCAUCUCCAAGGCGGCGACGACGACUUUGCCCUCUCCAGUCCACCCGGCAUCAUCCGCAUAGAACGCCGGUUCAGCAAGUUCCCUAUUGCUACCCCCAAGACCGCGACCGUCCCCAAUUUCUCAUACCCGUCGCCCACCAACACCCAGUUCGAACCGCCGGACUCGUACAUAUACCCGUCGCCGACAUCAUCAGUCACCGCGCCCGGAGUCAACCCCUCUGUGGACCAAAGAGUAGUCCAGGCAGAUAGAGAAAUGGCGCAGCAACAGCUCGAGGAGAUGUACAAGCACGUCAUGGAGCAUGAGGACGCAAAGGAGAGGGGUGUCGUGCUCGACACGCCGGUCAUGACGCCCCAGGGUCACCAUCGCGUGCCGUCGGCGUCGUCGUCCAAGAAAGAACGGUCCAAGCCAGCCAACCUGAAGCUUUCUGGCGGCUAUGAAAAGCCGCAGUCCAAAACAGCUUCUCUCCUGUCGGCUCUCCGCUCUCCAAGGAAGAAGGCAGUAAAGGGCGUCAACAUUUCGUCUCCCAUCAUGACACCGCAGUCGUCAACCUUCCCUCGGCAGGAACCGCAGGAGAUGAAUCCAAUGUCCCCGCGGCACUACGCCCCGCCUCCACCUCCGCCGAUUCCUACGGAUCAGAUAUCCUUCGGUGCUUCUCGCGUCAGCCGGAACGGCGCACCGCUGACACCGGACAUUUCGCCCGAGAGCGUCCAAAGUAUUGACGAGCGUAUCAGUGCUCAGCUCGGGCCAUCGACCAGCGGCAGAGGCGGCUAUCCAGCACCGAUGGAGGGAGACCCGGAGUCGGCUACGUCGGAACAUUCUCAAGUCCCUCUCGUCGGACUGCCUGCCUCCCCCACCCAUGGCCCUAGGUCUCCUACAUGGCCUGCCUCUCCUGGUCACGGUCCAAGGUCUCCCACGUUGCCUGCUUCGCCCAAGCCCGGCGUCACAUUUCAGCGAGGCAACGCGCCGUCAGCUGUCAGGACUGGAGGCUCAUUGCCGCUGCGAGCAUAUGAGCAGCCCAUGGCGUCUCCAUCAACCAUUGCCCGCACUACCAAGCAGACCGUCUUUGAGAGAAGGGGGCCGCUCUCGCCAACCACGGGCAGGACGCCGCGCACCGCUGGAGCAGUGCCAUACUCGCCGUACCAGCCGUUCACGCCCGUCGUCCCGGUGACGCCCUCUCUCGUAACAAAGGAAGAGCGGAAGCGCAUGAAGAGGAUGGUGCCAAAGACUCCCACCAUGGACAUGGUGCAGAGCGAGGAGGAAAUGUGGUGA